AAUCCAGGACCAUCGGGAGUCGGCAGUACACUAUAUAGGCCUACAUGUAUAUUUUGGAAUCAUUAAAACUGUGAAAAAGAAGAAAUACUUCUAGUAAAACAUAAAUAUUUAUUCAACAUCGUUUUUUCUUUUUUAAAUUAUGUUUUAAGUAUCGUUUUAAAUCAUGCAUUGAAUGAAAAGUGACCGUUUCGGUUUUUGUAUUUAUAACACAGUACUUUUGAGUAGGUGACAUUUCAAGUUUAAGAAUUUAUGCUUAUUGUUAUUGGGUUUUUUUAAUUGUGUGAAUCAAUUUGGACAUAAAGAAUGUUCCCGAGAAGUAUGAAGUAAUUCUGUUGGCCGGUUUUAAUAUUAUCUUUAAAACAUCGCAAUCCGGGACCAUCGGGAGUCGGCAGUACUAGAUUUACCGCCCACCUGAAUGAACGAGUUAACUAUCGACUUUCGUUUCUUCGAAGAAUGGGUGGAUCAGAUGACACAGAGUGGAAGUUUGGGACUUGUUUUCAAUCAUUAUGUGGCCAUUAUGAUCUGAAGCAGAGGUGGCAGAUGGCUAAGGACUACAGUGAUGAAAAUCCUGGAUCCACCUUCUGUAUCAUAGCAAUCAUAGCCAUGUGCAGUUUCCCCAUCUUUUGUUUUAUAGCAUUCAUCAUUGGAUCACUGAUCAUUGGAAUCACAGUUUUUCUGUUUGUAGAGGGGAUGGUUCUAACUGUAGCCAGUUUCCUGUUGGGAGGGGCACUAUUUUUUGCCAGCCUGUUCUCUCUGGGUUUCAGCUUGUUUGCAGUUUUGACCAUCUACUCGUUUUCCACAGCUAAGAAUAUCAUCAGCAAAGUAUCAUCCAAAGUGCCCACUUCCUCUGCUGCAGAAGAAUGUGAUUCUACACAGAAAGAUUGAUGAAAGCACUGUUCUCGUAACCUUUAACUGACAGAAUGAUGUUUUUAAACAUUUCAAUUAAAUUCAUGUAGAUAGACGGUGCUGGAUUAACAUCUUUGACACCGUUUUAUCUUCAAGGUAAAUUAGCUUGUAUAUGUCAUUGUUGCUCUUAUGCUUUUGAAAAAGCAGGAUAUAGACAGCAUUAUUGAAAAUAUCUUAUAAUAACACUUAUGUUCACCUCCAGAUGUACAAAUUAUUGUCUAGAUUUGGUGCUGUAAAACAGCUUUGUUCAAUAACAAUUAAGUGUUGAAUCUUACAGGUUAUUGUCAGAAGCCAUGAUAGAUCUCGCUUUUGUGAGCUUCCGACAGUGCUAACAGAUUCAUCCCAUUGUUGUUUUGUACUGUUUAUAUCUGUUUAUGUUAUUGUUAUUCAAAUGCAUAAUAAUGUUCUAUAAUACAUGUUAAUCAAUAUUUUUGUCUGGUAUUUCAUAAAUGUUAAUAAAUAAGUACUUUUGAAUA